AUGGAGGCGCCGAUGGAGCUGGGGGGCCGGGAGAGGAGGCCCUCAGGGAGGAGACGGCUGCGGUGGGGCCGAGUCCUCUUCCUUUCGGUCCUCGUGCUCCUUGUGUCCACCCACCGGCUCCUCUGGAGCCCCUGGGCCCCCGCUUCUGCAGCGGGGGACACGUGGGCUCGGCGCCCCGUAAGACGGGCCGGCGGGGACCCGUCCAGGGGUGAAAUCCUGGGCCCGGGCAAUGAGCCACAGAGCGACCCCGUCGUGACCCCCGGGGCCACGGCGGGAAAGGCCACCCGGACCCCUCCCAGGGGGACGGGAAAGGACCACCCCAUGGCCCGGUCCGAGCGGCCGGCCAGGACCAGCCCCCCGACCGUCUCCGAAACGAAGGCGGGAGACGACACCCCAGCCCCCAGAAACCCAGCGGGGCCGGGCGAGACCCCCGAGGGGACGGAACCAUCGCCGACACUCCCGCCCGUGGCCGCGGAAACUCCCGCCCGGGCCCCGGCGGCCACGUUAGGCCCCGGCGUCCCCGGGGUCAAAACCGGGCACUGCGUGUUCGUGGAGCCGGCGCCCGGAGGGUCCACGGCGAGGCCCGGGCCUUCCCCGGAGGCCGCGGCGCCCGGCCCGCCGCCGGCGCCGGGGCCCGGCCGCCCCCGGCCUCACCCCAAGGCCGAGUACCCCGAGGACGUGUUCGGCGUGGAGGAGCGGCGGCGGGGCUGGGUCCUGCUGCACGUGUCGGGCAUGAUGUACGUGUUUGUGGCCCUGGCCGUCGUGUGCGACGAGUACUUCGUGCCCGCCCUGGGCGUCAUCACCUCCAAGCUGGAGAUCUCGGAGGACGUGGCCGGGGCCACCUUCAUGGCGGCCGGGGGGUCCGCCCCCGAGCUCUUCACCUCCCUCAUCGGGGUCUUCGUCUCCCACAGCAACGUGGGCAUCGGCACCAUCGUGGGCUCGGCCGUCUUCAACCUCCUGUUCGUCGUCGGCACGUGCGCCCUGUUCUCCCGGGAGAUCCUCCACCUGACCUGGUGGCCCCUGUUCAGAGACGUCUCCUUCUACAUCCUGGACCUGCUGAUGCUCAUCGCCUUCUUCCUGGACAGCGUCAUGGCCUGGUGGGAGAGCCUCGCGCUGCUCGCCGCCUACGUCCUCUACGUCUUCGCCAUGAAGUGGAACCGCCCGCUGGAGGCCUGGGUCAAGGGGCAGGUUGGUCGGAGGAUGGCGGCCGCCUCCGUCACGGCUGGGGGAGACGCCCCUCAGCUCCCGUCCUUGCUGUUCCAGGGAAGCAGCUCGGCCUCGCUCCACAACAGCAUGCUCCGCAGUACCAUCUUUCAGCUCAUGAUCCACACCUUGGACCCCCUGGGGGAAGCGCACGUCAGAGACAAGGCAGAGAUUCUGAGCGGCCUGGCCAAGGGCCAAACAGACACUGAGGUCAAAAAAGGACGCAAACCCCCAGUGGCCUCGUCUCAGGAGCCCGCCGACACACUGUCCUCCGACCCCCAGUCCCAGCAGGACCUCGAGGAGACCCCCGGCCACCGGGAACCGGGGGACGGGGACACGGAACCUCCCGAGGGAGAGGACGCCACAGGCCAAGACCAGUGUCCUGGAGACGGAGGAGAUGGCGGGGGGGACGAUGGCAGUGAAGAGGACGACGAUGAAGACGAUGACGAUGAGGAGGAUGACGAUGAGGAGGAAGAAAACGAGAAGCCCCUGUCCCUGGAGUGGCCUGAAACCAGAAGGAAACAGGCCAUUUACCUCUUCCUCCUCCCCAUCGUGUUCCCUCUGUGGCUGACCGUGCCAGACGUCAGGAGGCCGGAGUCGAAGAAGUUCUUCGCCUUGACCUUCCUGGGCUCCAUCAUGUGGAUAGCCAUGUUCUCCUACCUGGUGGUGUGGUGGGCUCACCAGGUUGGCGAAACCAUCGGCAUUUCCGAAGAGAUCAUGGGGCUGACCAUCCUGGCCGCCGGGACCUCCAUCCCCGACCUCAUCACGAGCGUCAUCGUGGCCAGGAAAGGGCUCGGGGACAUGGCCGUAUCCAGCUCCGUGGGCAGCAAUAUAUUUGACAUCACCGUGGGCCUGCCGGUUCCGUGGCUCCUGUAUUCGGUCUUCAACGGGCUGCGGCCAGUGCCCGUCAGCAGCAACGGUCUCUUCUGCGCCAUCGUCCUGCUCUUCCUCAUGCUCCUCUUCGUCAUCACGUCCAUCGCCUCGUGCAAGUGGAAAAUGAACAAGCUCCUGGGCUUCACCAUGUUCAUCCUUUACUUCGUGUUCCUGCUCAUCAGCGUGAUGCUGGAAGAUCGGCUCAUCUCCUGCCCCAUCUCCGUGUGAGGCCCGGCCGGCGGGCGGGCAACCAGGGAUACCGCCG